CCAACACAACGCGGAGAUUAGCUUCUUGGAGCCUUGACGGAAUCUGGGCGUUGACCUCUAACCUCUAAUCAGAGUCUAGCCCCCAGUCCUCUCCUCCUAUCCAGUGUCAUCUCUUGUUUGCUCAAGCUCUCUCCAGCAUGGUGGAAGCUGCUGCUAUUGCUUUUGCCAAGAGCUCAGCCAUUUUUGUUGGGAAGAAAGUUGCAGAGACAGUGAUCAGUUAUGUUGUGAACAAAGCCCUUGAUCGCCUUCCGCUGGAGAAUGAGGAUUUGAAGACUAAGUUGAAGAGUAAGCUCUCCAAAACUCAAGCAAUGUUAUAUGGCAUUACUCUGCAGGAGAUCCAGGACAACCAAGGGUUGGUUGAAUGGCUUUGGCAGUUCCGCGAUGCCAUACAGGAGGCCGAGGAUGCACUUGAUGAGCUUGACUUCUUUGACUUGGAGAAGGUGUGCAAUCGGAAGGCAGAAUCUUCAUCAUCCUUGGUCCCUAAAUUCAUGAGAUUGCAGCUGUCUGUAAGUUCUAAUAACUCCAACAGCAGUAGAAAGAAUCUCAAGAAUGCUCUGAUGAGGUUAGAAUCUGUCUUUGAUGAUGCUGCAAAUUUCCGAGUGGUAACUGGGCAUGGACUUCACACUUCCCCUCAACGUAAUGAAGGGCGCAUACAAGAUACGACCAACCGAAAUGAGACAACGAGAGUGUUAGCAACACCUGUAUUUGGAAGGCAGAAGGAAAAAGAUGAGAUAAUUGAAUGGCUGGGUGUUGAGGCUCCAGGGAGAGAUAGCAAACUCUCAGUGUGUGCAAUAGUGGGUGGGGGUGGUAUGGGGAAAACAUCUCUUGCUCAGCUUGUCUGUCAAGAUAAGAAGGUUCAGGAUCAUUUCGGCGACAUGAUUAUCUGGGUGCAUGUUCCCAAGCGCUUUGAACCUGUAGUGUUGGUGGCAAGAAUGUUGGAAUCCAUUAACAGGAACAGAGUUACUGCAUCUUCUUUGGACAUACUGCAAUUAGAUCUCACUAAAGAGUUGGUUACUAAGAGAUUUUUACUGGUUCUGGAUGAUGCAUGGGAGGAUGGGGAAAAUGAGCUAUGGGGGCAAUUUUUAUCUCCCCUGAGGAACAUUAUUGCACCAAUGGGAGGUAGAAUCUUGCUCACGACCCGAAUGGGGUCAGUGGCUGAUGCUGUUAAACGCCAAAUGCCAUCAAAUGAAUAUAAAUGUGUUGUACUGGGGGGUUUAGAUCACAGAGAUAUUAUGCAGAUCUUGAACCAUCAUGUGCCUCCUAAUGAAGAUUUGGAACUUCGAAGUGUAGCUGAAUGGAUUGUACACAACCUCGAAGGAUGUCCUUUUGUAGCAAAAGUGAUUGGUCAGUACCUCAGAGACAACACUGAUCAUAGCAAUUGGAAUGACUUCUUAAAUAAAAAAGUAUGUCAUUUAGACGAUAUUGCACCUAGGGUUAUGGAGAUGCUCAGGUUGAGCUAUGAAGAUCUAACCUCAGAGGUGCAGCUUUGCUUUCAGUACUGCAGCAUAUUUCCAUCCCAUUACAAAUUCAGGAUGGAAGAGCUUACCGAGAUGUGGGUGAGUUCAGGAUUGAUACUGCAAAGCACAAAGGGGAACAGUGGCCAGGAGAAAAUUGCUCGGGAACACUUCAAUAUUCUGUUGAAAAAAUCAUUCUUUUCACUGAUACCCAGAGAAUUACAUCCCGAUCCUUCUACAGAUUACUAUGUCAUGCAUGAUUUGAUUUAUGAAUUGUCAUGCCUUGUUUCUAGCGAGGAAUUCUCAACAUUUAAAGUCACCAAAUGCAAUACUGCUGAUGUAUCUGAAAGAGUACGUCACCUAUACAUUGAAGGGAUAAAUUCUGAAGCUAUCAAUGUUAUAUCCAAGUCCAAGUACCUCCGUACUCUUAUUAUAGCGAAUGAGGAAUGGCCACUUAAGGCAGGACUGGCUGAUAAUCUUAAGAAAGCAAUGAAGGGCAUAACAAGCUUGCGGCUCUUAAAGUUUGAUGGACAUGGAUGGUUUGACAUAAAUGAUGCUAUUGCGGAACUAAAGCACUUAAGGUACAUCUGUAUGUCUGCUACUAACAAAAGCAAUCUGAAUAAAUUGUUUAAACUCUUCCACCUGGAGGUCCUUAAGCUACUGAAGAUAGAAGGAGAAGAACAGGCGAGCGUCAGUGAUUUAUGCAAUCUAGCUAACUUGCAGAAACUGUAUCUUCCAAAACCUGCAUUAUCCAGAGUCCCUCAUAUUGGAAGACUAACUAAUCUUCGUGAGUUGAAUGGGUUGAGCGUGAAGAAAGAAGAAGGACACAAAAUAUCUGAGCUGAAGGACUUAAAGAACCUCCGGAAAGUCUUUGUGUUUGAUGUUGAGAAUGUAAGCAACUGUAGUGAAGCUUCCUUGGCUGAAUUGAGCAAUAAGAAUGAUAUGGAACUGUUAUCUUUGGAGUGGUCAAAUCAACAUAAUAGGAUUAAUGAGCGAAUUCUUGAUACAGUUGUUCCUUACAAACGUAUUAGGCAUUUAAGAAUUUCUGGUUAUAAGGGUGUUUUGCCUCCACUGUGGAUUCGAAGGAAAGUCCUUACCAAAUUGGUACGCUUGAAGAUUGUUGGAUGUCCUAAAUGGGAUGAUCUCCCUUCCUUCGCGAGUCUAUCUAGUCUGAAGCAUGUCUUACUGGAGGACCUACCAAAUCUGAAAUGCAUUGGGGGACCUGAUGGUGAUGGAUUGCCUCCUUUCUUGGUUACCUUAGUUGUAAAAGAAUGCCUAGAACUGUUGAAUUUACCUCAUCUACCUUAUAGUCUAAAGCAUCUGGGGAUAAAUAAAGUUGGAAUAUCUUGUCUGCCAACCAGUAGUCAGAUGGCAUUACAAAACGUGUCUACAGUGGAUCCACAGCUGUGCAGUCUCCAUGUAGAUUCUUGUCCUAAUUUGUUGUCCUUCGGAUCAUGUAUUGUAGAAGAGCAACACUACAAAGCUCUUACUAGCUUGAAAGUCAUCGGCUGCAGCAUGCUCGAGAAGCUCCCAAGUGAAGAACAUUUUAGAAGAAUAUCCACAAUGGAGAGUAUUGAAAUUCUUCAAUGUCAGAGUUUGUCGACCUUGGGUGGCCUAGGAGCACUUGCUUCCUUGAAAAUACUGAAAAUACAGCAGUGCACUCAUCUAACUGCUACAUCUUCAGGGAUUCCGGUAGCACCAGCUAUGCGGUCUUCUCUUGUGCUUGACACCCUUGAAAUUGAUGACCAUCUUUUGCUUCUUCAGAAUCCAUUUAGAAACUUCUGCCUCACUAGAAGACUUGUAUCUAAUGGAUCUGAAAUGCUUGAGUUGCCUCAGGAAUGGUUAUUGCAGAAUAGUUCUCAGUUGGAGCAUAUAGAAAUAAACAAUGCAAAUCUGCUCAGAUCACUGCCUUCAACUAUGGACACUUUGCACUCCCUGAGGAGUCUGGUUCUGUGUAAUGCUCCCCUCCUCGAGACACUUCCUGCUAUGCCCCCCAAUCUGUGGGCUCUUCAAAUAAGUGGUUGUUGCACUCGUUUAAAGGUGGGGUGUAAAACCAAUGGUUCUGAAUGGGAGAAGAUUUUGCCAAUCCAUAAAGUUGAUAUAAACUAACAUGUUAUUAGGCAAGAGAAUAUUCCAUCUCACCCCUAGAAGAGAAGAUGGUUCCUAACUCUAGUGGCCUUAUUUGGCAGGCUGGGGUUAGGGAAAAAUCCUAGCCAUGAAGAGGAAAACAAUCCACGAAUGAGGGCGUUCUCGAAUUUCAGAACUUUUGAUGCAUGCUGUGCGCCCUAUCAAAGAUUUGAUAUUACAUUAAUAUUAUAAAGCCAUCAUUUUAACUCUAUACUGAGCAAUUAAACUCAAGUGAGCGAUUUUAUUUUAUUAAAACUAGGAAGGUAGCCCGCGCAUUCGCGUGGGCAUGCAUAUUAGAUUGCGUUAGAAACUUAUAAGAACAGAAUACCAACUGGAUUGUUUGUAUUGUAGUUCAAAAGUAUGAUUUCCAAAAACAUUCUUCAUGAAGCGUCGCGGUUGGCACCUCGCCUCCAUUUGUCAUCUUUGCUCUAGGGGGGAAGAGACUUUGCUCACAUCUUUCAAGGUUGUUCUUACACACAAGAAGUGUGCAAGUAUCAGAGGGUGGUUAGGGCUUUGUUGCUCAACGCCGAUGGAGAGUCUUCCCUCUUGGUGGUGUGAUGCUCGCAAAGCAAUCAAGAAGCGGGACAGGAGAGCUUUUGAUGCGGGCAUCAUCUUGGUGACAUGGCUAAUUUGGAAACAGCGCAAUGCUCGUGUCUUUGAGGGGCAUACAGUGUUGCCAGUGAAUCUUUGUGCCGCAAUCGAGGAUGAGUGGAAAUUGUGGCAAGAAGCGGGCUUGACUUCCUCUCUUUGAGUUGUAAAGUGGAGGCGGGGGUUUUCCCUCACCGUUGUUGUAUACAUAAGGAUUGUUUUAUUUUGUAGUCUGUGGUUGCACGUCGUUUUCUUGGGUGUGCUAGGUGAUCUGUAAAUUCUUUCCCCCCUCUUAAUAUACUCCGAUCGGUUGUUUUC